AUGUCGUGCUGCGUCUUCAAGAGUACUCUCUUCUUGAUCCCGAUUUUGACGUUACUGAGCUCCUGGAGCUGCAAUGGUCGAAUCUUCACCUUCGAGAUGCACCACCGAUUCUCCGACGAAGUCAAGCGGUGGUCCAAUUCCACCGGAAGAUUCGGUAGUUUUCCCCCUAAGGGAAGCUUCGAAUACUUCAACGCUCUCGUCCUCCGUGAUCGGCUUAUCCGCGGGCGUCGCCUCUCAGAGUCGGAAUCUGACUCGUCACUCACUUUCUCCGACGGAAAUUCCACUUCUCGUAUCAGCUCUCUCGGAUUUUUGCAUUACACGACGGUGAAAUUAGGAACUCCGGGAUUGAGAUUCAUGGUGGCUCUCGAUACAGGAAGCGACCUCUUCUGGGUCCCCUGUGAUUGCGGCAAAUGCGCUCCAACCGAAGGAGCUACAUACGCUUCUGAAUUCGAGCUGAGCAUUUACAACCCUAAAGUCUCAACCACAAACAAGAAGGUGACCUGCAACAACAGUCUAUGUGCGCAGCGUAAUCAAUGCCUUGGAACAUUCAGCACCUGCCCUUAUAUGGUGUCUUACGUCUCUGCUCAGACUUCGACGUCCGGUAUCCUCAUGGAAGAUGUUAUGCACUUGACUACCGAAGAUAAGAAUCCAGAGCGUGUCGAGGCAUAUGUCACAUUCGGAUGUGGACAGGUCCAAAGUGGUUCCUUUCUAGAUAUUGCGGCACCGAAUGGUUUAUUUGGCCUUGGAAUGGAGAAGAUAUCUGUUCCAAGUGUUUUGGCGAGGGAUGGUCUGGUUGCUGAUUCUUUCUCCAUGUGUUUCGGACGUGAUGGAGUUGGGAGGAUUAGUUUCGGGGACAAAGGAAGUUCUGAUCAGGAGGAAACACCGUUUAAUCUGAAUCCUUCACACCCAAACUACAACAUCUCGGUGACUCGGGUGCGUGUGGGGACUACUCUAAUAGAUGAUGAAUUCACAGCUCUCUUUGACACUGGCACGUCGUUUACUUACUUGGUGGAUCCAAUGUACACGGAAGUCUCUGAGAGUUUCCAUUCUCAGGCGCAAGAUAAGCGCCACUCACCGGAUCCAAGGAUUCCCUUCGAAUAUUGCUAUGACAUGAGCUCUGAGGCUAAUGCCAGUUUGAUACCGAGUCUAAGCCUCACAAUGAAAGAGAACAGCCACUUCACCAUCAAUGAUCCUAUAAUCGUCAUCUCUACUGAGGGUGAGCUUGUAUAUUGCCUGGCCAUUGUCAAAAGCUCUGAACUCAACAUAAUCGGACAAAACUACAUGACCGGGUAUCGUGUAGUAUUCGACAGAGAGAAACUCGUCUUAGCUUGGAAGAAGUUUGACUGCUAUGAUAUCGAAGAGACGAAGACAACACUCACCGGAGCAAACAAAACAGAGGCGGUGGCUCCAGCAAUGGCAGCUGGAAUAGGGACUCAUAGUAAUUCCUCAGAGCCACACAAAACAAACCAAACCAUCUCCAGAAGUAGCUCUUCCUCUAACCAAAGAUUUAUAACAGUAAAGCUAUGGUCCUUUUUCAGAUUUGUGUUCAUAUUACUUCCACUUUUUAUAGUCUUGUAG